CCUUUCUUUCUCCGGCACUGCGCUUCCCAGAGCGGCACAAAUACUCUAGCAGCCUUCUUCUGGAUCUUCUUUCAAUCUUUCGUCCCUUUUUCCAGCUUGAUUUAUCGACUGCUCUAUCGGUCAUGGACGGGAAGGAAACGAACAGAAAUUCAUCACUACUCGAUUCAUCCACUGCCCUCUCGGACUUGGGAAGCGAAAAAAUAAGGAGAAAUUCAUCACUAGUAUGUGUCCCCAUAAUGGCUGAUUCACCUCAUUUGAUGAUUGCUGAUACACACAAGGCAAACAUUAGUGGUGCUGAUCUUGUUGAGAUACGAUUAGAUAGUUUGAAGAUUUUCAAUCCUCAAGAAGAUCUCAAGACUAUUAUAAAAGAAUGUCCAUUACCUACUUUAUUUACUUACAGACCAAAGUGGGAAGGUGGUCAAUAUGAUGGUGACGAAAAUCAACGGCUUGAGGUACUUCGAUUAGCCAUGGAGUUGGGGGCUGAUUACGUGGAUGUGGAACUCCAGGUUGCUCGUGAGUUCAACGACUCCAUUCGUGGAAAGAAGCCAGAAAAGUUGAAAGUUAUCGUUUCCUCUCACAAUUAUCAAGAAACUCCAUCUUUAGAUGAUCUUAGUAAGCUUGUUGCAAGAAUUCAAGAAAGUGGAGCUGAUAUUGUGAAGAUUGCAACGACUGCCUUGGAUAUCACCGACGUGUCACGCAUUAUUCACAUAAUUGUGCAUUCACAAGUUCCAGUAAUAGGGCUUGUAAUGGGAGAAAGAGGCUUGAUUUCACGGAUACUUUGUGCUAAAUAUGGUGGGUAUCUUACUUUUGCUACCCUCAAGGCCGGAAUUGUUUCUGCUCCUGGACAACCCACAAUUGAAGACCUUUUAAAUUUAUACAAUUUCAGACAGAUAGGUCCUGAUACAAAAGUUUUUGGAAUCAUUGGAAAGCCAGUGGCCCACAGCAAAUCACCCAUGUUAUUCAACGAGACAUUCAAGUCGAUAGGUUUCAAUGGUGUUUAUGUACAUUUUUUGGUGGAUGACAUAGUAAACUUUCUCCAGACUUACUCAUCCUUCGACUUCGCUGGAUUCAGCUGUACAAUUCCACAUAAAGAGGCUGCAGCAAAGUUCUGUGAUUGGGUUGAUCCAGUGGCUAAGUCAAUUGGUGCUGUUAAUUGCAUUGUAAGAAGAGACGAUGGAAAAUUCGAAGGUUAUAACACGGAUUAUGUCGGUGCUAUUUCUGCUAUUGAAGAUAAACUACGAGAUCCCUACAGUAGUAGUCCUCAAUCUGGCUCACCCUUGUCUGGCAAGCUAUUUGUUGUGAUUGGUGCUGGUGGAGCAGGCAAGGCGCUUGCGUACGGUGCGAAAGAGAAAGGAGCUAAAGUUGUGAUUGCCAAUCGUACAUAUGAACGAGCAAAAGAACUUGCGGUAACCAUUGGAGUCGAUGCGGUUACUCUUGCUGAUUUGGAUAAUUUCCAUCCAGAGACGAAUAUGAUUCUCGCAAACACAACGUCUGUAGGAAUGCAACCAAAAGUCGAUGAAACGCCGAUUCCCAAGCAUGCUCUGAAAAAUUACUCACUGGUGUUCGAUGCUGUUUACACGCCGGUGAUGACGAGACUGUUGAAGGAAGCUGAAGAAUCCGGGGCGAAGAUCGUUACUGGCGUGGAGAUGUUUGUUGGACAGGCAUAUGAACAAUACGAGAGGUUUACUGGGUUGCCUGCACCGAAGGAGCUGUUCAGGAAGAUUCUCAAAAUCUAGUCCAAAAUUUAGUAUUGUGGCUGAGCUUCUUUUCUUGGUGUUGUUAAUGAAAACUUAGUUGAAUGAGGGAGGACAUAAUUUUAUUUAUUUGAAGGAGCUAACAUGAAUGCAUUUUUAUGCUCCCACGGCUUUGCAUUUGCACAAAUAAUUGAUCAUGUUGUCAUUCUAUGGAAUUAUAACUUCAUUUGCUUCUAAUAAACUUUUGUUUGGAAUGAUCAUUAGCUCAA